AUGUCUGCCAUACAUGAAUGGAGGAAUGUAAAGUUCUUUCAGGAGCUUCCUGACCCCGACAAUACUCUCAGCUUCCACGACAGCAGCUUCACCCGUUUCCCCGAUUUCCCAAUCGAGCUGAGAAAGAUGAUCUGGGAGGCCGCCAUCGAGUUGGUGCCACAGCAGUUGAUCUAUGUCAACGACUUUCUCUAUCGGCCGGUUUGCGAACGUCAGCCUUCUUUCAUCUGGGAUCUCUUUCAAGUCAACCGGGAGAGCCGCAAAAUCAUUCGUGCAGAAUACAUAUUUGUAGGCUCUGGAAGAUAUGCAGAACCUACAAUCAAUCGAGAUGGAUGGUAUUUAAACAAGUCACGAGAUAUCCUUUGCAUUUACGACUGUCUGCUCGAGCGGACUGGGAAUUCCAUCUUUAUAGAGGAAGACCGCAUCCAAUCAUACAACGAAAAAUACAUUGAAUACUCCGCCACGUAUUCUAGCCACUACUUCAAAUGGAAACAAUACUAUUUCGACUGUGUCAAGGCAAUGAAGAGAGUAGAGAUUCGCAGACCGAACAUAGAUCACGAUACACAGGCAAAUAUCGACUCCGCGAGGGAUGUUGUCGAUGAGCACCUAAAAUUUCCGCAAUAUUUGGCCAACUUUCCUUCCAUGAAGGAGGUCAAAGUAGUCCCUCAUCGAUGGAGCUCCAGGAGCAAAAAGGAGAUGGAGAUCUGCGAGACGAUUUUAGCGACACUCUUGGAGGACUUUCAAGCAACAGACAAAACGUACCGAAUUCCGAAUAUCACGUUUAAGCAAGACUCCCCCGAGCAGAUGGCUCUCGAAGAGCUUGAAGGAGACUGGCAGGACAAUCUCUUUAUGGGUUUGCCUGAAGAUUAUGAAGAGUUCCUCUUAGACUCAUCCCCAGAAGCUGACGAGGAGUUCAAUUACAUGGUGGGCUUGUACGCUUCGGACUUGGCACUGGAAGAAUAG